GAGGCAUUCGCGGCCUCAGUCGUCGUUGGGACGUCGCCGAGGUCGUACCUCCGAUCCACCUGGCACUUCGGCGCGCUUACCUACGUACGGGAGAACGUACGCGCGCGCGCACACACACUUACGCACAUACACACAUACGCACACACAUACAUACGUACGUAACGCUCGCGCGGUAAUUUAUGUUAUGCACGCGUGCAUACUGCUCGCCGCGUAGCGGGGAACGAAACGGCCGGGUGCUGGUGACACGAGACGGAUAAGUUCCGGUGGGAGAAUACGACGAAGACGACGACAACGAACGCUGUGUGCUCCGGCUCAUGUUGCCGUGGUGUAUGUGCGCGGAACAGUGUGCAAUAUCUUUCCCAUUCCAUUUUUUUCCUCCUUCUUCCUUCCCUCGCGCUACUUCACCACCGUACGUGCGUGCGUCGUGUGUCGUGUGCAUCGCCGGAGUAACAACGGCGGAUUCGCGCGGUCGGUGUUCCGUCGCACAUUUUCCAAAUCCCACAAGACGACGUCGCCAGGCGAGAUCUACCCACGAGUCUCGCGGAGUGGCUAGCGGCGUGCUAUCCGCCUCUCGUUAUGACCUUGUCGUAUUAUGCCGAUCGUGAACACGUCGGUGCCGAGAGCACCUUCGACCCCGUCAGCCCGGAGAGAGGGGUUUUGUGCCACCAAAGUAAUUUGUUCUCUCUUUGGAAUUAACUAUCUGCUGGAUUCGUGAAGUCCAAUAAUAUACAUAUAUGACUGUUUCAAGUGGGUGCGUGCUAUCGCACCACGGUGUACCGAUGGGACCCUCUUCCACGCCUGUUUACUAGGUAUUAACCUAGCAAGUUCACCACGUACACCGCUAACAUAAAUGGCUCAUCUAAGCAGUUUCGAAAGUGUCGACCAACGUUUUUAGAUCAACAUUAGAUCAUCUCGGUCCUUAAUUCGAGAUGUGGUGAUAUAUACUUUUUUCGAUAAGUUUUUUCAAACACGUUUAUUUAACUCUACGUUUCGUGUUAAUCUUCGAAUGAGUUUUAUAUUUAAAAAAAAAAAAAAGUAAAAUUGGUGAAUUCGAUUACGGAAUCGGACGGAAAAGGAAAUUGUGUCCGAAGGAAAGUUCACUGAUCAGUUCGGCCGAAUUAUUGAACGAGAUCAAAUUUUCGGAGCGUAAGCGCGCAGGAAAGAUGCGUUGACUACGCACAAAUAGAAAACCGUGAGAAAUGCGCGGUUUCGUUUUGGGGGAUUUGGAAAAAUUGUGCAACCGCGGGCGGGUUAACCAACAGUAGAAUCGAGCCGGACUCAACUAUAUAUUGGGAGGCGUCGGUGGCAGGCCUACCGGAUACGUCGAGAUAUGGAUUUGCCGCUGAAACCAGCCCGCCGAACAGUGGACCGUCUCGUAGCGAACAGACAUGCCAGCGAGGACACGAGGUACAAAGCGAAUGCUCGUUGCGUGAGCGGGGGCGGUAGCCGCGGAAACGGGGCGACUGGCGGUACCGGAGGCGGUUCAGGUACUGCAGGCAGUCGCGGCGGCAGCGGGGGCGGUGGUAGCCCCGGUAGGGGCGGCGGCGGCGGCGGCGGCGGCGCCGGCGGAGGAGGAGGAGGAGGAGGAGGAGGUGGAGGCGGCGGCGGCGGCGGGGGAGGAAUAGACGGUGGCGUGGUGCCUACUGCACCACCGACUACCGGCCAUCACCACCACCACCAUCACCAUCAUCAUCACCUCACCACCACGACUACCACGACUACCACCACCACCACUACCUGCGGCACCAGACACCACAGGCACAAACUGCCUGCUGGCAAGCAGUGCACGGAUCACCACCGUCACCACCCACACCAUCUCCACCGGCAUCACCCACACCAUCGCUCCCACCACCGGGGCAUGAACAUGGGCCAAAAGAUUUCAGGAGGCGUGAAGAGCAUGAGUCGGGAGAGCGGUGCCGGAGCCGGCGGCGGGGUCGGUGUUGGCGGUGGCAACAACCCGCCGUAUACACGAUCGGUGAUACCACGCGAGCUGGCCCAGGAUUUCGCGAAGCCGCCGCGCCUCGACGUGCUUCUCGAUAUGCCGCCAGCUUCGCGAGAAACACAGAUUCAUCACAGCUGGAACGCCGACGAUCGUAGUUUAAAUAUAUUCGUUAAGGAGGACGAUAAGCUAACAUUUCAUCGACAUCCCGUGGCACAAAGUACAGAUUGCAUACGAGGGAAGGUUGGCUACACUAAAGGCAUGCACGUAUGGGAACUUUAUUGGAGCACGAGACAACGAGGUACACACGCUGUCGUAGGAGUCGCGACAGCGGAUGCACCUCUACAUAGUGUCGGCUAUCAGAGUUUGGUAGGCAACAACGAGCUGAGUUGGGGAUGGGACCUUGGCAGAAACAAACUGUAUCAUGACUCAAGAAAUAACACUGGCAUAACGUAUCCAGCCCUUCUCAAAUCUGACGAAACGUUUAUUGUUCCUGAUAAAUUUCUGGUUGUUCUCGAUAUGGAUGAAGGUACAUUAGCAUUCGUAGUGGAUGGUCAGUACCUUGGAGUAGCAUUCAGAGGGCUCAAAGGAAGAAAAUUGCACCCUAUUGUAUCUGCUGUUUGGGGACAUUGCGAAAUCACAAUGAAAUACAUCGGCGGACUUGAUCCUGAACCUCUGCCUCUCAUGGACCUCUGUCGAAGAGUGAUUCGACAACGAAUCGGCAAACAUAGAUUAGAAGACAAGAUUAACGAGCUGAAUCUACCGCAAACGAUGAAGACUUAUCUUUUAUACCGGGACAGAAGGUAACCACUGAGUGAACUGUGUGCAUUUCCUCAAGAUACCACCAGAAUUAUGACCACGAACAUCACAACCGUGCUACAACAUUAUGACGCACAGACGACCGUCCGCUGUCCCUGCCAUCAAGACCAGCAACCUUUUAGCCCUGCGUCUCCGUUAAUCAAGCACACGAUGUUCAACAGAUUAACAUACAUCAUACGACCAUGCGUCGAGACACACCUACCUCGAAAAUCUCGAGAAGACGUGUUAAGAGAGCGACGCCAAAAUACUGUAUUGAUAACUUGUUAUUGCGCCCUUAUCAGAAUAAAUUUCGUGAUCAAAUGACCGUGAUUUACUCUGAUAAGGGCGCAACGAGUCCUCAUCGUAUAUUGCCAUCGUCAAUAAGUUCCACUCAAUACAGGCAAGGUUGAAUGACAAAGAGGAAGAAAAAGAUAAAAAAAAAUUGGACGGGAUUUUUAAAAACACUAGUAAAUUUAGUUGUUUUUAGUUAUAACCAAAGAUGAAAAGUCGUUAUUUUUACCAUUAUUUUACCAUUACUUUACUUUACUUUUAUUUUUUUAUAAUAACGAUUUGACAAUGGUGUUACAAUUUUCAUAACGGUAAUGAUAACAUCAGGGUUGGGGAACAGUCACUUUUGACAAGCAACUCAUUGUCAUUAUACAUCACUCCUUGAAAAAAAAUAACUCGUUGACUCAUUACGUAACGAGUAAAGUUACAAGUUAAUAUUUUUCAAUGAGUAGCGCAUAAUAGUAACGAGUUAAUUGUCAAAAGUGAUAAGUUUAACUCUGAUCUUACCAUUAUACUAUUAUAGAAAAUUGUAAUAUUAUCAAAUUAUAAAAAAGUACUAUAAAAAAGUAACGGUAACGAGUAACGACGUUACUUAUUAUAUACUCGUUACUUUUCAUCUCUGAUUAUAACAUUGUUUUAUAUUUCUAAAUGUCUUAUAUUGUUUGUACUUCUAUAUAUAUCUCGAGAUAGAAAAUUAAAUUAUCCAUUAGUUUAAGAAAGUUAUAUAAGACCAACAGUUUCAGUACUUUCGCAUCGGCUAGUAUUUUCAUAUAUUAUACUCCCUUUUUUUAAUAUUCGACUUACUGACGGUGCAUAUACAUGAUGAAUAAAAUUGUGCCAGACGAUAAUGAGGCAGUACGAUAAUUUGCGCGAUGUUGAAAACACGUGAUAGAAGCGGAGGGCAAAAGAUUAUGCGAGAACACGAAGAAACUACAGCGCUUUUCAGUUGGCCAGUAAAAAAAAAAUUAGACUUAAUCAAGCCUGGAAGCCUGAUACAGACGUGUCGCUUGCUUACAACGGACUGAUAAUGGAUAGCACUGCAGGAUAACCGCCGCAAUAGAAAAAUGGUUGAGCAGGAAGAAAAACCGAACAGAGGAAAUAAAAGACGAACCAGUUUUCUACGUGGAACGAUACUCAGCGAAAAAUGUGACCUCGAUCGCACAAUUGUGUUAUGAUUAAUUCAAUUUGAACAAGUGUGUACAGUGAUGAAAACGGACCACGACAGCCACCUUCCAAUAGAUUCAUUUUUCAAGUAUUUUCUAAACAUGCAAGAUUUAAUAAAGUAUGGUGGUGUGUGCGUGUUUCGUGGAUGGAUAAUAAAGUAAAACUGUGACGAAGAGGGAGGAAGAACAAAGAUAACCCUGCCAUAAUGUUCUCUUCAGCAGUGUUCGAAAACUUUUUGCAUAAACAAUUGCGAAUAUCUGCAGGGGAGUGAGACCGAGUGGAGAAAGAUGAAGAAUAAGGGUAAGCAUCUGAAACUCGAGCUGUGGUGAAUGUCUGAAAAGAUGUCUAAGUAAACAAAAGACGUCUAAUAACGAAAAGCAUGUUACUAAAAUUAAUUAUCUACAUCUAAUUGAUUUAAAGCGGAAUAACUUGCGAAAAUAGUAUGUAUUUAACUAAUGUUUAAGAGAAGCAAGUGAACACACGGGCAUUGGCACAAAUUAUUCCAAACGCAAAUUAAAUCUGUCAUGGAGAGCUAUGUAGCCACUAUGUAAUCCGGGUAACGAGUAACGACGAUACAUAACAUCGAGUUAUACUUAUUAUCACGGAUUACUCAUCAUAACGAUUAUCGGAUUAUCGAUCGUAAUAGUUACAAUGACAACAAUGAACUUAUUGUUCAUUCACCAGACUGGCUGAUUAUAUCGGAUUAUAUCGGAUGUGUAACUAUUAUACUAUUAGCAUGACAAAUCUUACGACUGGUCUCUAGUAUCUCUUUACUCUUACGUUUGUCGCUUAGGUUAAAGACUAUGCCAACGGCUAUGUCGACCUGUAUAUAGAUAUAUUGAUAAUAUUGUAUGACGACGUAUACGUGUGUAUUGUGGACGACGAUUGUAUCCGUAGCUGCGGAAUAGGCAGACCGAAUGCGAGAGUGAUAACCAUUCUUCAUCAAUCCAUUGCGUUUCAUACAAGCAAUCAUCUCGCGUCAUCAAACCUCUCCAUUUCGGUAUAUCUUGCUUUCUGACGCGCGGGCUUAACGCGGAUUCGUAAUCAUUUCGAUUAUUAUCGCUAAUGUCACUAUCGACUUAAAUUCGUCCGAGGAUUGUAUCGCGUCUUCCAAAUUAUUGUCAAUCGUUCGUAGCCUUUAUCUAACCGUUCCAUACGUAUCUUUGAACGUAAAUUAUUGCGUUUUGCUUUCGCAUCCGUGCCAAUUACGUUUCUUCUUUGUGCAAUCCUCUGUAAUAACUUGUUUAAAUGAGAUCAACGGAUCAUCGUUCGACUGGACCGCAUUCUAACACAGUCAUCACAAAGCAGUCCACGAGACGACCAAUCAUAUUGGCGUCAUAUUAGCGACAUGAUUCACGACAUUAGAACUGCAUUUGGAAAUCCGAGUGCCCCCAUGUAUUCUUGUUAUUCAUCAAACGUUAAACCUAAGCCUAAGCAAAAUACAUCAUUAAAGUACAUCAUUUGAAAUGCAUAAUACUUUCUAUCUUUCGGUUUAAAAUACAAAGUACAGGUUAUAUUUAAACAAAGAUAAAAUGACACAUGACGGCACUCGGGUGAUAUUUCCGUACGCAGCCAUAAAACGCGCAUGAUCUCGCACUCGGGAGCUUUUGACAGCGUUUUUGCGAUUGUCACUACCCGGAAGCAUGAUCUGUCAGCGACGUUUGUCUUUGCUACGUCUCACAUCGUAGCGAAUACGCAGAGGAAGCACGUGCAUUGCGACGCGAACGAAUCGAAUGAUGAACGGACGGAUGCGAGGACGACUCGAGCUUUCCGAGAAAUAUAUCGUCUCUCCAUUGGCACGUCUCGUCGUCAGAGAUAAGCAUGUCAUGUAGUGGGAAACACUGGGAGAAUGGGAGAAACGCGAGGGCGGCAGAGAUGGCGAGAAGUCCUCUACGCGGAAAGGAAGUCGUCCUCGUUGUUUUUACGCAGCAGCGGGUAAUUUUACUUUGUCUUCUUUUAUUCGGCGUCCCUGCAUGAAAGCAAAAGUGACAAAAUAAUUCUCUUCAGCGGGGUGACUUUGCAUACCGCGAAUAAAAAAAAAAAGAAGAAUUCUAAGUAUGUGUAAGGGAAAACAGGCAGCGUAUCCGCCUCAAGCAUUCACGAUUCAAUGUACAUUCAUUCAUACAUGUCGUUCAUAUAUCGUUAUAUACGCGUGAGCAAACUGGGGAAAACUAGUACACACGCGCGCCCACACCUUCAGAGAGGAAGAUUUUUCUGCAACUAUACUUAUUGCUACCCGUUGAAACGAUACUGUUUUAUAUGAAUUAUUGCCUAUAGGAACGCAUGUCACGAGCCGAGCAUGAGAGAGGACAAAUAGGAUGAAAAUAUUGUACAAAAUUUAUUAUUAAUGAUCAAUAUUAAUAUUAUUACUAUCGAUUAGUAUCGAUCCCUUUUCAUACAGCACACUUUAUCUGUGGGAUGUCUUAAGGUACGAUCUUAGGACGUCCUUUGAUCGUCUUUAAGAUAUUCCUUAGAGAUUUGUGUUGUAUGAAAAUAGUUUAAUUAAUUACUCGGUCACUAUCGUGUUAGUCAGGUAUUAGGAAUAUUAUGAUAUAAUUGUGGUUUCAGUUUUUAUACGAUAGGGAGAAAUGUGUAUGCGAUCGAUUGAUAUGACAAUUGAACAUGCAAAAAAGAAUUUUUUUCUUUGAUUAUCUUUAUUUUAUCUUUCUUUUGAAGCAAAUGAAAAACUUGAUAAUUUUAAAUUGAUUUUACUAUUAUUUAAAAUGAUUGCUUAUUUAAAACAUAACAAUGAAAUGAAAGGAAUGCAGUGCAAGAAUGUAUUCUAAGCCUUCUUAAUGAUCUCUAUGAUAUUAAUUUCUUUAAAUUAAAAAAAAAUUAUUUGAUCUUGAGACAGAGAGAGAAAGAGAGAAGGAGAUUACUCCGUGUUAAAAAGAUUUAACUUUUGAUGACAAAAUCCUAUAUACAUUAUAUUUCAUUUAUAUGUUUUAAAUAUUUAUAAUAAAAUUAAUAUUAUAAAUAUUAUCACAAAUAUAUAAUAUAGUCAAUAAAAAAAUACACAAUUAAAUUUAUUUUAAAAUAUUGAUAAUUACAUUUUAAAAGAAUGUUCUUUGAUAUUUUUUCUUAUCUGUUCAAUGUAAAUGUAUUAUAAUGUGUUUGGGUUAUUUAAUCAGUUAAAGAUCAAUAUUAUUAUAAGCCUGAGUUUAAUUUGUAUUUGUUUGUAGUUAUUUACAUUCAAUCUUUACAGAAGCAGAUAUUAAUGCACAUUUUUUUUUUAAAGAAUUAUUUUUAUUGUUGUUUUUUUCCUAUGCAAUUUGGCUCAAAUAUAAAUCAGUAUGAAGAAGAGUGAACUAAGUAAUAUGUACAAUCCAUUUUUAUUAUAUGCCUAUCUAAUCCAAUUUUGUUAUUAUAAAACACGGAAUAAAAUAUAGAGCAAAUUAAAUUAAUUUGAAUCCAAUAUGUAACUUACCUGGUUUAAAUUAUAAAAAAAAAAUGGGCAUGACUAUUGUAUGACAAUUUAUAAUUCCAUAAUAGAAUUGUUUAUCGGGGAAAAAAUUCAUACCGUUAUAUAUUUUAUUAUUUAAAAUUUUUACGAGUAAGUUUCUUAUUCAAAGCUGAAAAAAAAGCAAAAAGGAUAGUUGGUCUAUCCCUAUUUUAACGUACAUCAAUCGAUCGCACACAAUGAUAAACACGCAAGGCAAGCUAGCUUUUAACAAUAAAAAAAAAACCGCGAUUCGUUCGCAUGCGCCGCGCAAAGUGUUCCAGCAAAAUUCGCGUGGCUGUUGCAAGGAUUAAUUUCCAUAAACUGCCUGCCCACCCUUGCAAACUACAUUGCCUCAAAUGUGUCUAAUUUAUUAAUGAAAUACAAUGUGUAAUGAGUGAUCAUAAUUCGCAAUUAUUAGUUUAAUCUGGCGAAAGCAACCAAUUAGUUUAAAUGCUAGUAAUCUAAAAAGAAAAGGAAGUAUAUGUAAGAAAGAGAACACGGAGAACUUGUUAGUGUGUUUGUAUGAGUGAUAAAUGCAUGCAACAUAUUGCAUGCAUACUGUGAAUACCGAUGAAUUCGGUGUGAAUACCGAAAUUGACCAUUAAUUUUUUCUUCCGCUUUUCGUUGUUAUUGCUUAAUUUUGAAUUUUAUCAAAGUGUCGUAUUAGUCGUGAUCCAGAAAUAAAUUUCAGUUUUCUCAUGAUAAUAGCUCAACAAAUGCUCUGUAGAACAUUAUUGUUUGAUAAUAUGUAAUAACAUCUAAUAUUAGCUACAGGAAUAAACAUGAAAAGAAAAGA